AUGGUACUGGUUCCCGGAAUUGGACUUUGGACUUUGUCAGUGGCUCUGUUGCUCCUCCUCCUGUCAAGAUUUCUAAGCUAUGCGGAUGAUCUUGAGGUGUUUUUGUCUUCGCCAGAAGAGUGGUCUGUGUUGUUGUCUGUUCUUGAUCUGUAUGGCCGAGCAUCUAAUGCGAAAGUCAAUAUCAGCAAGACAGUGUUGGUGUCGUUGUCUGGUGUGUCCCACUCUGCUUGGGUUGCUUUGGCUGAUUCUACUGGUCUCCAGUGGCAUGGACGCUCACUCUCGUGGUGCAACUAUCUUGAUGGUGUCUUGGUGAAGGUCCAGCGACACAGUAACUUGUUGAAACAAAGGAAUCUCUCCAUUAGGGGAGCAGGACUAGUGGCUAACUCGUUACUGUUGUCAAAGGUAUAUCAUUUGUUGCGUGUUGUUCCUGGUGGUGCUUACUACUGCGUUCGUGGUUGA